GCACUUCCGGGAUAUAUGUCACGUAACUUUCCUGUGCGCGCCUCUCUGCGGCUGCGCAGAAAGGGCAUCGCCGGGGAUCCAUCGGGUUACUGGAGGGUUGCUAGCUAUUCGAGCCCCUUUUCGCUUCUUUUCUGUGCCCAGACACCUGGGUUUCGCUCUGCCAGCAGAGCCAUGAAUCCCGACAUCGCACGAGAGCGCCAAGAGGCGUCGUUUGACGUCGAAAAGCUGACGUACAUUUUGGACGGCGGCCUGGAGAAGACCAAAAGAAGACGAGAAAUUGAGUCGCUGGUUUUCAGCGACCCAGACUUCAACGAGGAGGACCCAAACUUCCUGUCUCGCAGUGAGCGCUAUGACCAGGCGGUCCGAAAAAGUGCCCAGAUGGUCCUGAAGCUCCGAGAGUAUGGCAUCGCAGACCCGGAGGAGAUCUAUUACUACAAGAGUUGUGUGCACCCCGGCAGGCCAUCGCCCUUGGACCUUCACUUGGCGAUGUUCCUGCCCACCCUGCUCAACCAGGCCACCCCAGCUCAAAUGGACCGUUUCUUCAUGCCCGCCUGGAACCUGGAGAUCAUCGGCACCUACGCUCAGACCGAGAUCGGCCACGGCACGCACCUCAGAGGGCUGGAGACCACGGCCACGUACGACCCCGCCACGCAGGAGUUCGUGCUGAACAGUCCCACCGUCAGCUCCAUCAAGUGGUGGCCUGGAGGACUUGGGAAGACCUCUAACCACGCCAUCGUCCUAGCCCAGCUUUACAGUCUGGGAAAUCGCCACGGUCUGCACGCCUUCAUCGUCCCCAUCCGUGACAUGACCACCCAUGAACCUCUGCCAGGUAUUGUUGUUGGUGAUAUUGGCCCCAAGUUCGGCUUUAAUGAGGUUGAUAAUGGAUUCCUGAAAUUGGAGAACGUGAGGAUUCCUCGAGAGAACAUGUUGAUGAAGUAUUCAAAGGUGGAGCCAGACGGGACCUACGUGAAGCCACCCAGUUCCAAGCUGACCUACGGCACCAUGGUGUUUGUGCGCUCAAUGAUUGUCGGGGAGUCGGCUCGGGCCCUCUCCAAGUCCUGCACCAUCGCCAUCCGCUACAGCGCCGUCCGUCACCAGUCUGAGAUCCGGCCGGGAGAGCCAGAGCCUCAGAUCCUGGACUAUCAGACGCAGCAGUACAAGCUCUUUCCUCUGCUGGCCAUGGCCUAUGCUUUCACGUUUGUUGGCCAGUAUAUGACGGAGAUAUACCACCGCAUCUCUGAAGACAUCAACCAGGGGGACUUCAGCCAGCUGCCAGAGCUCCAUGCCCUCUCCGCGGGCCUGAAGGCCUUCACCACUUGGGAAACCAACUCUGCCAUUGAAGUGUGCCGCAUGUCGUGCGGCGGCCACGGCUACUCCCGCAGCAGCGCCUUGCCAGAUAUUUAUGUUGAGUUUACGCCGACCUGCACCUACGAGGGCGAGAACACGGUCAUGAUGCUGCAGACUGCAAGGUAUCUGGUGAAGAGCUACCGGCAGGCCAAAGAAGGCCAGCAGCUGAGCGGCAUUGUGUCAUAUCUGAACGAGUCGCAGGACAGGAGGGUGCAGCCGCACGCCGUGGCCGCCAGACCCCCCGUGGUGGACAUCAACGACCUGAGCAGCCUGGUGGAGGUCUACAAACAGCGAGCGGCCAUUCUUGUUGAGAUGGCAGCAAAAAGCAUCCAGCAGGAGCUGCAGCGCAGGAAGUCACAGGAGGAUGCCUGGAACAACAGCGCCAUCGACCUCGUCAGAGCCUCGGAUGCCCACUGCCACUAUGUUGUGGUGAAAGUGUUUAAUGACAAGCUGAAGGGGGUUGGGGACACAGCCAUACACUCUGUGCUGUCAACCCUGGCUCUGCUCUAUGCCAUGCAUGGCAUCACCAAGAACUCUGGGGACUUCCUGCUGGCUGCACUGGUGAGCGUUCCCCAGGUACUGCAGAUUUCAGUUCGCAUGAAAGAGCUUCUGUCCCAGCUCCGACCCAACGUUGUGGCACUGGUCGAUGCCUUUGACAUCCACGACAAAAAGCUGAACUCGGUUCUGGGCCGCUACGACGGCAACGUCUAUGAGCAUAUGUUUGAGUGGGCUCGUCGCUCACCGCUUAACGCCACGGAGGUCCACGAAUCCUUCCAGAAGUACCUGAAGCCCCUGCGGUCCAAACUGUAAGCUAGUGAAUGGACUUCCAACUCAUAUCUGGGACCCUUUAUCCUUGCACAAAUCUCCCUGUAGUGACCUGUAAUAUCAACCCCAUGAUGGAUUUGAAUGCCUAUGGUAUGCCACGGGUAUUCCCCGUGACUGUGGGACUCCAACCACUUCUGGUUUUUCUCUUUGCUGUAAAGUUUAACUGAACACGCACUACAAAAGCUUUGGUGCACAGCAGGUAACUGGAGUGUAAUGGAUGCUCAGUGGAGUGAUGAGUAACCUUGUUGGAGAAAUCGGCUGUAUAUCUCUUUUAUUGCCAGAAACCGAAACAACGCAUGUUUUUUUUAAAUAAACAUAAAUGGUUAAUAUUUAAAUUGAAGAAAUAAAUAAUUUAAACCCACAUAAAUGGCUUAAAGAGUUAAAACAAUUAAGCAGUUACUGUUUUUAUUAAAUCCUGCUGAUUACAAUUUCCGUUAUAAACGCUGCAUUAAAUUCUCUUGUUGCCAGAUGUCCGCAGAAUAAAGUGUAUGAGCCAGGAAAUACGGAAGCUGCUUAUGUUUAACAAUGGAUUUAAACUAGAAAUACUGCCUGACGUCUGCAAUAUUUGUUUCCAAAAUCCAAUCCAACCUUAUUUCCAAUAGCCUAAAAACACACGGAAGCCUAAUAGCUGUCCAGAUAAAAGCAAAAUAUAAUGGAAAAUCACACAUUAGGAAAAUAAGAAAAUAGGAAAGCAAACAAUCUACAUAAAAGCAACAUAUGAUCAACAAAAAAAAAAACACCCCACUAAGAACUAAAAGCGCAGGAGGAAAGUGUUUUUAAAAGAGAUUUAAGAAAUGGCCCGCCCCCUCUUGACUUGCAUUUGGUUCUCUGCACCGAUGAGACCAAAACCUCUGGUGAUUUGUUACCAUCAUCACCCAGACAAUGUCGGCUCAAAACAGUUGAUUCAGCCUUUUUCUCCUUGCUGAAGGUGUCCUCCUUUCCUCCUUAAACUGUGAUCAGCUUGGUCACCGUGUUGGGGAGGAAAUCAUGCACUUUGAUUUGUAAUUUUAUUGUUGAGAGACCUGCCCCUUUUGCAUUUUUACUUAAAUAACGUAUGAUUUUGUGCUUUAACAUCACAGUAUGUGCAUUUAGUUGCUACUGAAUGUUUUGGUUGGCAGAGGACUUCCUCUGUUACCAGGUGAACUAUGUCCCGUAUAAAAAGCAUCCUUUAGACGCCGCAUUAUGAACUUCUGGCGCUGACAAAUGGUGACUAAAGCCACAUAUUAUGCGCAGCGUAGAGUCUGUGCAUGAGUAUUAUCCCUCCCUACCAUGUGGGGUUGACAUUUGAAAGAGUUGCACCCUUGUCCACCUCUGGAUAGCUUCUUUUUUUUUUAAAGCUGCUGUUUCUAACAUGACACAUUUCAGCACACACACUUUAAAUUGGAUUAUUAAAAUACUAAAAGCCUUGUGAUUUGCUUUGUUCUUUCUGUCUUACUACUAAAUCAAAUGUGGGUAGACAAUAGCUAUUAGACUAAUGCACACCUGGUUUUGUUUUCAUUUCAAAGAUUUCUUGAAAGUUUGGUUAUAGAGACAGAAUUAAAACUACUUGAGCAAUCAGACUGCUACUUGGAGGAAAGCAGCUACAAGACGUAAUAUUUUUGUACAAUUUUAGGACUGUAAUGAUAGUUUUAAAGCCUCACACUGUAACCAGUAAAGCUGAUUUGUGCAUCAGUAUGUGCCUGAAGAAAUGUUCCUUCUAUUAUCUAACAAAGUGAGGCUGUUGGUUCACGAGGGUUUUUGUGUUUUCACAAGCUGUUAAACCUGUGAUUUGAGUGAAAAGGGCACAACUAUUAUUGUCAUGUUCUGACUUCUUUGAUUUUGUCAAAGUGUUUUCAUUGAAUGAUUUUGUGUUAAAAUGUAAAAUGUAGUGUCAUUUAACAAAAACAAUGUAAUAAACAAAAUUAAUGAUU